UAAGAUAUAAUGAUUCUUCCAUCAUGGGUUUUGGAUGGAUUUUAACUAAUGAUAUUAAUUUAGAUCUAAAAUUUAGUGGAAAAACAGUUGAAUGGGCCAGCUCUACUAGAGCGGAAAUUUUUGCAAUAUUAACAUGUUUAAUUAUCUGUCCACCUAAUAGUCACGUGACCAUAUUUACUGAUAGUCAAUGUGCGAUAGACACGUACUACUCACUUCAACAUUAUAAAAUGACACCUCGAAGAUUACAAAAACUCAAUAAUGUUCUUUUAUGGCAAGCGAUAAAGUGGAUAAUCCAAUCACUUAAUUUAACAAUAAAACUCAACAAAGUACAAGCACAUUCAGGAAACACUUAUAAUGAUAUAGCAGACACAUUAGCUAAAGCAGGUUGUGAACAACCGGACAUAAUAUCUAUAUCACCAGUAGGAGUAAAACCUCAGAAAGGCUAUAUAAAAUUUAAUGAAGAGUUUAUCAUAGAUCGUAAUAUAAGGAAAACAUUAAAAAAACCAAUCAAUUUUAGAAAUAUCGAACGUCAAAUAUCGCAUCGCUCUCUACAUAUUAUCAAAACAUUUACUCUAGAACAACGCAUCAAUUGGGAAUACACACAGUAUUGGAUGUCUUUUAACCCAUUUCACAAGGCAACAUCACAAACAUAUAGUAAACAUGUUAGUUGGCGGAUGAAAUGCUCUAAUUACGCCUUACCCACUUUAGACGCUUUAAAUAGAAAUUACCCAGAUAUACUAAAAGGUUCUCUCGUUACGGAUGGGUCUUUAGGUUUUAUUUUUUUCUUUUCCCCAUUCGAAGUAUUAGCGUAGUUCUAGUAGUUUGAAUAGUAUUGUUCGAAGGGUGGGGUCCCGUAGGGGAUUAAUUUCCAAAAUUCUAUACUAGCCUAUUUGUACCAUCAUGUAAAUGAUGUUUUACUCUUAUUUUGUAAUAGUUUUGGGAGUACUACUCUUUUAGUAAUAAAAUAAAAUAAAUAAA